CCAAUCACCGGGAAAAGAGAGAGUGCCAGUUCAACGAAGUCCCACCCAAAUAGACUACACCUCUUACCUCCCCUGGACGUAAAGUGGGGGUAGAUACAUCACAUAAAGGGGUUCGCCCAAGACUAUGGAUACAUUUCUUCUCUAAUUUCAUUGAAUAUAACACAUUUUGGAAACAAUGCGACCUGAAACUGGAAUAGUUAUUGCUGCCUUGUUCUGCAUGGGCUGCUGCGUGACACUGACAGCGCACAAGAAAGUGUGUCAGGGGAUCAGCAACAGGCUGACGCUGCUGGCGACUGUAGACGACCACUACAACAACCUUGUGAAGAUGUACAGCAACUGUACCGUGGUCCUGGAGAACCUAGAGCUCACCUACAUCCAGGACUACCACGACCUCUCCUUCCUCAAGUCCAUUCAGGAGGUUGGAGGAUACGUUCUGAUCGCCCUCAAUAAGGCAGCCAGCAUCCCUCUCGAGAACCUGCGUCUUAUCCGAGGACACUCCCUCUUCCUUGACAAGUAUGCCCUGACUGUAACAUCCAAUUACGAGAAGAAUCACUCCUCUGUGACCCUCAACUACACCCGGGGCCUGAGGGAGCUGAAGCUGAGUGGACUGACAGAGAUUCUCAAGGGAGGUGUGAAAAUUGCCCACAAUCCUUUGCUGUGUAAUGUGGAAACCAUCCAGUGGUGGGACAUGGUAAAUAAGGCCAUAAACCAUAGUAUGCACUUCAAACUGGAGAGCUAUGGCCGUUACUGUGACAAGUGUGACCCGGGAUGCUACAAUGGAUCAUGCUGGACCUCAGGACUGGAGAACUGUCAAACCUUUACCAAGCUGACGUGUGCAGAGCAGUGCUCUGGAAGGUGUAGGGGUCCUAAACCCAGUGACUGCUGUAACGAACACUGUGCUGCAGGCUGCACCGGCCCUAGGCCUACAGAGUGUCUGGCUUGUAGAGACUUCCAGGAUGAUGGCACAUGUAAGGAUGCCUGUCCCCCUACCAUGCUCUACAAUCCCAACACCCACCAGUUGGCUUCCAACCCUAACGCCAAGUACACGUUCGGGGCCACUUGUGUGAAGGACUGCCCACAUAAUUAUGUGGUGACGGACCACGGGGCGUGUGUCAGAACGUGCAGCGGCAACACACACGAGGUGGAGGAGAAUGGUGUCAGGAGGUGCAAGAAGUGUGACGGAAUCUGUCCGAAAGUUUGCGAUGGACUUGGAAUGGGGCUGCUUACUAAAGUGUUGUCAAUCAAUGCGUCUAACAUUGAUUCUUUCAAAAACUGCACCAAAAUCAAUGGAGCUGUUUCAAUUAUGCAGACAUCUUUGGAUGGUGAUAGGUACACAUCAACACCAAAAAUGGACCCCGCCAAACUGGAAUAUUUCAAGACUGUGAAGGAAAUUUCAGGGUUUUUGCUGAUACAAGCUUGGCCCGAGCACCUCAACUCUCUCAGUCCAUUUGAAAACCUAGAGAUUAUCAGAGGAAGGACCAAACAGUUUGGUCAGGUGAGUUUCGCUGCCCUCAACUUGGCCCAUCUGAAGUAUCUAGGCCUCCGCUCCCUGCGAGAGAUCAGCGAUGGCAAUGUUGUGGUGAAGAACAACCCCCAGCUCUGCUACACCAACGGAGACCACUGGAAGAGCCUGUUUAGAUUGGGCAAACAGUCCUCAACAGUGGGCAACAACGUCAACAUCAGCACCUGUGCCAAGCUAAACAGUACCUGUGAUGAGAUGUGCACUGACGAGGGUUGCUGGGGGCCCGGCCCCACCAUGUGUUUUACAUGCCUGUAUUACACCCGUAGGGGGCGCUGUGUACGGGCCUGUCACCUACAGGAGGGGGUGCCACGAGAGUAUGUACUGAAUAACAGGUGUCUAGAAUGUGACCCAGAGUGUAUGGUGAAUGGACCACGAAGCUGCUUUGGACCAGGCCCUGACAAAUGUUUGGCGUGCGCUCACGUCAAAGAUGGCCCUCACUGUGUAUAUCAGUGCCCACACGGCGUUCUCGGGGACGGGGAUAGGCACAUCUGGAAAUACACUGACAAGAAGCGAGAAUGUCAGCUCUGCCAUGAGAACUGCACCCAGGGAUGCUCUGGACCUGGACUGAGUGGCUGCAGCACCAGAGGUGGUCACGUUUUGUCGGUGGUGGUGGCCAGAGUGGUGGGAGGCCUCCUAGUGUUUGUGGUCCUCGCCCUGGGUGUUUUUGUGCUGCUCCGCAGACGCCACCUCGUCAGGAAGAGGACACUGCGCCGUCUGCUGCAGGAGAGAGAGUUGGUUGAACCCCUGACCCCAAGUGGAGAGGCACCCAACCAGGCCCUGCUCCGCAUUCUGAAGGAAACUGAGUUUAAGAAGAUCAAAGUGUUGGGAUCAGGGGCCUUUGGAACUGUCUUUAAGGGCAUGUGGAUUCCUGAGGGAGAAAACGUGAAGAUCCCUGUUGCCAUUAAGGUGUUGAGAGAGGCCACUUCACCAAAAGCCAACAAGGAGAUUCUAGACGAGGCCUAUGUGAUGGCUAGCGUGGAGCACCCCCAUGUGUGUCGUCUACUGGGCAUCUGCCUGACAUCCACGGUGCAGCUCAUCACCCAGAUCAUGCCCUACGGCUGUCUGCUGGACUAUGUCAAGGAGAACAAGGACAACAUUGGCUCCCAGUGCCUGCUUAACUGGUGUGUGCAAAUCGCCAAGGGUAUGAACUACCUGGAGGAGCAUCACCUGGUGCACCGUGACCUGGCGGCCAGGAACGUUCUGGUGAAGACGCCUCACCACCUCAAGAUCACCGAUUUUGGACUGGCCAAGCUGCUCACCUCAGACGAGAAGGAGUACCACGCAGAUGGGGGCAAGGUGCCCAUAAAGUGGAUGGCACUGGAGUCCAUCCUUCACUGGACCUAUACACAUCAGAGCGAUGUGUGGAGCUACGGUGUGACAGUGUGGGAGCUGAUGACGUUUGGGUCCAAGCCCUAUGAUGGCAUCCCGGCCAUUGAGAUAGCUGGAGUCCUGGAGAAAGGAGAGCGCCUGCCCCAGCCCCCCAUCUGUACCAUAGACGUCUACAUGAUCAUGGUCAAAUGUGAGUCAUGUGCAGCAUAGAUA